AUGCGGCCUCUAGCUUUGACCUCACUUGUUGCUGUCACCCUUGUGACCCUUUGGGUCGUGGUUCUGGGUGAGGAGUGUUACUUUAGCCAAGAGCCAGACCUACGCCAGAAUGGACGUCUUCGCUGGGUCUUGCCUGGGAGUAAGAGCGAUCACUGUCGGUGUACCAGCAUCUGGCCGGGUCCCUUGUACACCAAGCCGCUCCAGAGAUCACAGGAACCGUUCUACACGGAUACUCCAAUCUUUACCAGCGACCAGGAGGAGAUUCAUCACUUCUUUGACUGUCAUGAUUGCGAAGUCUUGAAUAACCGUGGUAUCCGCCAGAGUGGUGUGUAUACCAUCUACCCGUCGAUGUAUACUGACGGCCUGGAGGUCUACUGUGAUAUGAAGCCUCGCCCAUACGGCUGGAUUGUGUUUCAGAAGCGGUUUGACGGGUCGGUCAAUUUCAUUCGCAACUGGACCGAGUACCGGGACGGAUUCGGCGAUCUGACGGGCGAGUUCUGGCUGGGAAACGAGAAACUUCGUCAGCUGACAUCGAAGCAUAAAUGGUUACUACAGAUUGAUCUGUCAUUUGACGAUCAGGUCAACUGGAUAAACACUACCAGAUACCGAUGGCCGUUUCGUGUCGAAGGAGACAACUACACCCUGAGGGUGGAGGGACUAGUCGGUAAUGCCCCCUUGCCAUCAAGCCAGACACCACGCCCAUUCUCCACCUACGAUAAAGACAACGAUGGUGAGGACCAUCUCAACUGUGCUGCUCUGACGAGAGGAGGUUGGUGGUUUGGCGACGCGGAGUAG